AUGGAUUUUGCACGUAAAAUCCUUGAAAAAUAUGGCUGGAAAGAUGGUGAUGGCUUGGGUAAGACCAACAGUGGCAUAUCCAAAGCUUUGCGGGCCAAUUUGAAAUUCGACACCGCAGGUUUUGGUGUAGAUCAGGCAGCUACCGACUUCAAUAACCAUUGGUGGGAAAGAGUUUUCAAUGACGCUGCCAACAAUGUGGACAUCAAGCAGGAUGGAGAAUCUAUUACCGUCGACUUGAAGAAUGAAGCAGAUGGUGUAGAAAUCACCACAAAAGGAUAUUCCGUUAAGAAAUUGAAAAAAGCCAAAGGUGAAUCGGAAUCAUAUAAUAAUUUUAUACAAUCGGCCACUCUCACAAGUCGUGGUUCAGAAAUUGAAAAGGGCGAUCGUCCCGAACCGAGUGACAUUGAAAUUCCCACAGUAAAUGUGUUGACGGAUGAGGAAUUAUUUAAAGCAUGUGGUGGUAGAACUGCCCAUAAAGGUGCCAGACAUGGUUUGAAAUUAAGUGGAAAAUUGGCCCGAAUAGAACAGCAAGAAAAUGAGUUAUUAGCCAAAAUGAUGGAAGCCAAACAAAAUCAAGCUGGGGUGGAAGAAAAUUCCACAGAUAACAAAAAGAAGAAAAAGCAAACAUUGGAGAAAACAAAUGAAGAAUCGAAUGUUGAGUUAACAGAAACUUCGGAAAAGAAGAAAAAGAAACGCAAGCAAAAAAGUGAUGAGGAUGAAGAGCUAGAGUGUAACACAGUGUCAGAAGAAAUUCCUUCCAAACCAAAAAAGAAGAAAAAGUACAAACAGGAGAAGGAGACAACAGAAGAUAUUGAUGUGGAAAAUUCCAAUGUAACUGAAGAAGAUUCCCCAAUCAAACAUAAAAAGAAAAAGAAGCAAAAAGAGGUUGAGGAAGAAAAUCCUACAGAAAAUGUAGGGGAGCACAAAAAGAAGAAAAAGGACAAGGAAGCUAAAAUGGUGGAAGAUUCAGAUAUUGUUGAAGCGCCAGAAAAUAUUGAACCUGCUGUGGAUGAAACAGUAUCCAAAAAGAAGAAAAACAAAAAGAAAUCGAAAUCAAAGGAAGAGUAG